GUUGAAGACUAGAAGGUCAGAGAAUUUCAAAAGGGAGGGAAGAAAAAUAAGGAAGGAAUGGGUAGUAACCAAACGGUAGCGCAAAUCCCGACGAGCUUUGGCCACGAACUGAGGGCUUGCCUCCGUUGCCGUCUCGUCAAAACCUACGACCAGUUCAGAGAAUCUGGAUGCGAGAAUUGUCCCGUCUUUAAGAUGGAAGAAGAUAGCGAGCGUGUUGUGGAAUGCACUACGCCUAAUUUCAAUGGUAUAAUCUCAGUCAUGGAUCCGAAUCGGAGCUGGGCUGCUCGCUGGCUUCGUAUAGCACGUUUUGUCCCAGGUUGUUACACACUUGCAGUUUCAGAGGCACUUUCUGAAGAUUUGCAGAAUCUAUGUCAAGAUUCGAAUGUGCCCUACGUUCCUCCAAAACGCAUUUAAGAUAUAAAUGAAUGUUGUCCGGCUAGUACUUACUAUCAUCUCUUGUAGGAGAGCACACAAGAUCAACUAAUAUAUGUAUCAAAAGUAGCUACACAAACGUUGAACAUGUGCUCUGUCAUGCAGUGUUGAUUUCCCUCUCCAGUUAAUGUCAAUGUUAUUACUUUUGUGUGCUGUCUACAAGAAAUCAGAAAUGCUUUGCAAAUGUUAUUGUUUGUUGGUUGGUUGACUUGGUUCCCC